CUCUAGCCUCGAGAAUGGUGCCCAUUCUUCUCGUCUUGCUUCUCACGGCCGUCGCAUGGGGGGGGAAUUCAAACUCAACCGUGGCUUUACGAAUCGGAAUCGCCUCCUCCGAGUUCUCUUAUCCAAAGGACGCUUCUUCAAGGCCUUCGCCGCCUUCGCCGCCUUCGCCGCCUUCGCCGUCCUCAACUUGUCCAGCAUCUCAUUCAGUCGAGUACAGGCACAAUCUGCGGCUGCUCUUCGUUACCCUGAGGUUCCUCAAAUUUGCUGCUUCCGUCCAGUCUUUAAUGGAAACGGUGACCUUACCGAUAACCAUAUUUGCUCCGCCCGAUGAUUCCAUCGUCAACAGUUCCUCCCUUCUCUUUGUGCGCGAGCACACCGUCCACGGCAGCUAUCUACUGCAGGACCUUCGCAACCUUGAGCCCGGUACAAAGCUCGAAACGCUAGCACCGGGCCAAUGUGUCACCGUUGACACGUACAAGGUCAAAGACCUUGUUACGUUCGUCGGCCGCGCACACCUCACGAAUCCGGAUCUGUCGAACGACGGUUCCGUGGUAGUUCACGCCCUUGGGAAGACCGUCUCGCUCUCACCUUGUAAUCCCUUGGAUCGGGCAUCUGCUAAAAUGGCGCCAUUGGAGCCGAUGCGGUUUAUGUCUACCAUGAUGAUUGAGGAGACUACCAACCGCCUACAUAGCAUGGGUUACAGUUUGUUCGCUAGGGCUAUGCUCGUUCGAUUGGAUGAGCUUGCACAGUUGAGCAAUAUGACCAUUUUCGUCUUAGACGACACGAAGCUCUCCUCGGUGGAGGAGGUAUACCUUAGGGACUUCAACUAUUACGUAGUGCCGAACCUUAUGCUCACCCAUUAUGAUUUAAUAAGGCUUCGGCCGCUGACCAGUCUACCUACCCUGCAACUCAACCAAUUUCUGGUUGUGAGCAGGGGAGGUCCGAACAGGGGAGGUCCAACAGGUCGUGUGCUUAUUAAUCACGUCGGAAUUCAAACUCCCAAUCUGGCGUAUAAUAAGAGAAUUGUGGUUCACGGGCUAUCGAUGCCCCUACCUCACCUUUAUCAUCAUCCGGCUGUGGGUCAGAUCCCCGGAGGGUGGUAUUUUUCCCGUUUGACUGAAGGCCUGACCAUCGAAGAACUCAUGCGCAUGGAUUCCACGUGCGAGUAUAUGGAUUCCAAUCCACAUCUAUGCCUGUUUUAGGUUUGUUUUAGGCUUAAAUUCUCUGUUGGAAAUUGUAAUAGCAUGACAGUGAGCAUCUUCUGAAUCAAUGUCUUUGUAAUAAAAUGACAGUGAGCUCGUUUAGUUUUGGUUC